GCCCUCGAGGAUCAUGGAUUCUAGUCUCUCUGGUUGCAGAUGGGGAAACUGAGACCCAGAGAUGGCAUGGUCAUCGACAGACCUCCGCAUCCUGGAUGCUCGUGGAAGUUUCUGGGCGGCGCGAUGAUAUUAACCGUGUUCUUGAGCAACAACGAACAGAUUUUAACCGAAGUCCCUAUAACACCGGAAACGACGUGUCGGGACGUGGUAGAGUUCUGCAAGGAGCCGGGAGAAGGCGGCUGCCACUUGGCCGAAGUGUGGCGGGGAAAUGAGCGGCCCAUCCCCUUCGAGCACAUGAUGUACGACCAUCUGCAGAAGUGGGGCCCGCGACGUGAGGAGGUGAAGUUCUUUCUCCGGCACGAGGACUGCCCCGCCGAGAGCAGUGACCCAGGUGGCCGCCAGACCCAGGAGCAGAGGCCCCAGCGGGGCGUGGCCAACGUGCCCGGGGAGCAGCGCGCUGAGAAUGGGGUCGGGAACCCGCGGGUCGAGCUCACCCUCUCCGAGCUUCAGGACAUGGCAGCACGGCAGCAGCAGCAAAUCGAGAAUCAGCAGCAAAUGCUGGUUGCCAAGGAGCAGCGCCUGCACUUCCUGAAGCAGCAGGAGCGCCGCCAGCAGCAGGCUCUCUCGGAGAAUGAGAAGCUCCAGAAACUGAAAGAGCGCGUGGAGGCCCAGGAGAGCAAGCUGAAGAAGAUCCGCGCCAUGAGGGGGCAGGUGGACUACAGCAAGCUCGUCAACGGCAGCCUGUCUGCUGAAAUAGAGCGGUUCAGCGCCAUGUUCCAGGAGAAGCAGCAGGAAGUGCAGACGGCGAUCCUGCGGGUGGACCAGCUCAGCCAGCAGCUGGAGGACCUGAAGAAGGGCAGGCUGGGCGGGCUGCAGGCCGGUGGCGGCAAGCUAACCGGGCCGGCGGCUGUGGAGCUGAAGCGGCUGUACCAGGAGCUCCAGAUUCGUAACCAGCUUAACCAGGAACAGAAUUCAAAGCUCCAGCAGCAGAAGGAGCUGCUGAACAAGCGGAACAUGGAGGUGGCCAUGAUGGACAAGCGGAUCGGCGAGCUCCGCGAGCGCCUCUACGGGAAGCGGAUCCAGCUGAGCCGCGCCAACGGCACAUCUUCGCCGCAGUCCCCGCUGGGCACGCCGGGCCGGGUGGCGGCCGUGGGGCCCUACAUCCAGGCCCCCAGCACCGGCAGCGGCCCCGCCCCGGGGGAGCCCGCCAAACCCCGCUCGCUCUCCGUUGCCUCCAGCGCGACCCACGGAAGGUCCAAAUCUGCUAACGACGGAAACUGGCCCACGUUAAAGCAGAACAGCAGCAACUCGGUGAAGGCAGCGCAGGUGGCCGGCGCGGACUGGAAGGAUCCGGCUGUGGAGGGGCCGCUCAAACCGGGGGCCGUCUCGAGCCAACCCGUGCCCUUGUCGGCUUUGGGGGCCCCAGAGAAGCUGGGCGUGGAGGUCGGGAAGGCGCCGCCCCCGAUGCCUGCUGCCGGCAAGCCGCUGCCUUCCAGCUACGGGGCACACGCCGGCCCCCCGCCUGUGGGCCCGGGGUCCACAGACUCCCUGGAGAGGAGGAAGGAGGGCAGCCUGCCCAGGCCCAGCGCGGGCCUGCCCGGUCGGCAGAAGCCCGCCCCGCUGCCACCCCCGGGGGGCGGGCACCCGCCCGGCUCCUCGCAGCAGAUCCAGCAGAGGAUCUCCGUGCCGCCGAGCCCCACGCACCCGCCCGCGGCGCCGCCCGCGUUUCCAGCUGGAGACGGCAAGCCCGAGCUCCCGCUGACCGUGGCCAUCAGGCCCUUCCUGGCCGACAAAGGGUCCCGGCCCCAGUCCCCCCGAAAAGGGCCGCAGACAGUGAACUCUAGUUCCAUAUACUCCAUGUACCUCCAGCAAGCCACGCCGCCCAAGAACUACCAGCCGGCGGUGCACGGCGCCCCCAGCAAGCCGGUCAAAGCAGUGUACGGCAAGCCUGUCCUGCCAGCCGGCUCCACGUCCCCGUCGCCCCUGCCAUUCCUCCAUGGGCCUGCGCCCCCGCCACCCCCCGAGGGUGCCGAGAGGGAGCCAGAAGAGCAGGACGGCCCGGCCGCGCCCGCCGAUGGCAGCCCGGGCGCCGUGGAGAGCCUGGCACGGCCGCUCAGCCCCACCAAGCUGACGCCCAUGGUGCACUCGCCGCUGCGCUACCAGAGCGACGCCGACCUGGAGGCGCUGCGCAGGCGGCUGGCCAACGCGCCGCGGCCCCUCAAGAAGCGCAGCUCCAUCACUGAGCCCGAGGGCCCCGGCGGGCCCAACAUCCAGAAGCUGCUGUACCAGCGCUUCAACACGCUGGCCGGCGGCGUGGACGGCACCCCCCUCUACCAGCCCGGGCCCUCGCAGGACUUCGCCGGCACCCUGGCCGACGUGGACAACGGCAACACCAAUGCCAACGGCAACCUGGGGGAGGACGGGCCCGCCCCGCCCACCGGCCCGCCGCCCGCAGCGCCCGGCCCGGGCUCCGACGCCAACGACAACCAGCUGCCCUCCCCCGGCCCCGAGGCCCCCUGCCCCCAGACGCCCCCGCCACUGGCCGAGGACGACAACAACAACCUGGCUGCGGCCCCCACCACCGAGCAGGUUCCCAGCCCUGGGGCCGAGGCCCCCUCCCCGGGGCAGGAGCAGGCGCCCCCACCGGCAGCCUCCACGGGCAAGCGCACGAACCUGAAGAAGCCCCACUCGGAGCGCACGGGCCGCGGGCUGCGGGUGCGCUUCAGCCCCCUGGCGCUGCUGCUGGACGCGUCCCUGGAGGGCGAGUUCGACCUGGUGCAGAGGGUCAUCUACGAGGUGGAGGACCCCAGCAAGCCCAACGACGAGGGCAUCACCCCGCUGCACAACGCCGUCUGCGCGGGCCACCACCACAUCGUCAAGUUCCUGCUGGACUUCGGGGUCAACGUGAACGCCGCGGACAGCGACGGCUGGACCCCGCUGCACUGCGCCGCCUCCUGCAACAGCGCGCACCUGUGCCGGCAGCUGGUGGAGAGCGGCGCCGCCAUCUUCGCCUCGACCAUCAGCGACAUCGAGACGGCGGCGGACAAGUGCGAGGAGAUGGAGGAGGGCUACGCGCAGUGCUCGCAGUUCCUGUACGGCGUGCAGGAGAAGCUGGGCGUGAUGAACAAGGGCCUGGUGUACGCGCUGUGGGCCUACGAGGCCCAGAACGGCGACGAGCUGUCCUUCCGCGAGGGCGACGCCAUCACCGUCCUGCGGCGCAGGGACGAGCGCGAGACCGAGUGGUGGUGGGCGCGCCUCGGGGACCGGGAGGGCUACGUGCCCAGAAACCUGCUGGGGCUGUACCCGCGGAUCAAGCCCCGACAGCGCACGCUCGCCUGAGCCCCUGGAGCGGCCGGCGCCCACAAUGUGAAACCUGCCGGUGUUUGGGCGGGACCUGCCCUUAGCUCGCCUGAGACCGGGGGACUCUUGAAGACUGAACUUUGCCAAUUACUGUAAAUCCAAAUAAAUACUCAGCUUUCAAAACAGCCGCCUGUUGCCAGCGCGCAGCCCUGUAAUUACCCGGCCCGGGCGCCAGCGAAGGUCAGCACCCCCACUUGGUCCCCAGGCCACCCCCAUUCUCUAAGCCACCCCAGCUGAAAACGCAGUGGCCUCGAGGUCCGCCCCUCCCAGAGCCCACCCUGGGGCGGAAGCCCGACCCGCUGUCCACACUGCAUCCCCUCCUCGCCGGCGGCCCCACUCACGCCAGCCCCGGGCUGGACACUCAGCCGGCC